CAUUCUACGUAACGGACGGCUGAAGCUACGUGAAGUGUACGGUGCAGUGACUGAGCUACCUGUUCUGGGCUGUGACCCAGUGACAAUCGCGGCCCGCAGAAAUCUUUCCGACCCGAAGGCGGAGGCCAGACGCAAGCAGGCUGGGUGGAGGUGGUAGCCUCAGAAGCCCCUGGCCGGGUUGCAGCCUCGGGUGCAGCUUAUUUUUAAGACGCAAUGAAAGCCUUCUAUGCUUUCUGUGCUGUCCUUUUGGUGUUUGGGAGUGUCUCUGAAGCCAAGUUUGGUGAAUUCGAGGAUGAGGAAGACAUAGUAGAGUAUGAUGAUAAUGAUUUCGCUGAGUUUGAGGAUGUCAUGGAAGACUCUGUUACGGAAUCUCCUCAGCGAGUGAUAACCACUGAAGAUGAUGAAGAUGAGACCACUGUAGAGUUGGAAGGGCAGGAUGAAAACCAAGGAGAUUUUGAAGAUGCAGAUACCCAGGAGGGAGAUACUGAAAGUGAGCCAUAUGAUGAUGAAGAAUUUGAGGGUUAUGAAGACAAACCAGAUACCUCUUCUAGCAAAAAUAAAGACCCAAUAACAAUCGUUGAUGUAAAUUCGGUGCUUUUACUCCUAGGGGAUGAUGGGACUAACAAAGAAGCCACAAGCACGGGAAAGUUGAAUCAGGAGAAUGAACACAUUUAUAACCUGUGGUGUUCUGGUCGAGUGUGCUGUGAAGGCAUGCUUAUCCAGCUGAGGUUCCUUAAGAGACAAGACUUACUUAAUGUCCUGGCCCGGAUGAUGAGGCCAGUGAGUGAUCAAGUGCAAAUAAAAGUAACCAUGAAUGAUGAGGACAUGGAUACAUAUGUGUUUGCUGUUGGCACUCGCAAAGCUUUGGUGCGGCUGCAGAAAGAGAUGCAGGAUCUGAGCGAGUUCUGUAGUGAUAAACCUAAGUCUGGAGCAAAGUAUGGACUGCCAGACUCGUUGGCCAUCCUGUCGGAAAUGGGAGAAGUCACAGAGGGCAUGAUGGACACAAAGAUGGUUCACUUUCUUACACACUAUGCUGACAAGAUUGAAUCCGUCCAUUUUUCAGACCAGUUUUCUGGUCCAAAGAUUAUGCAAGAGGAGGGUCAGCCUUUAAAGCUGCCCGACACUAAGAGGACACUACUGUUUACAUUUAAUGUGCCUGGCUCAGGUAACACGUACCCAAAGGAUAUGGAGGCUUUGCUACCCCUGAUGAACAUGGUGAUUUAUUCUAUUGACAAAGCCAAAAAGUUUCGACUCAACAGAGAAGGUAAACAAAGAGCAGAUAAGAACCGGGCCCGCGUGGAAGAGAACUUCUUGAAACUGACCCACGUGCAGAGACAGGAGGCUGCGCAGUCGCGGCGUGAGGAGAAGAAAAGAGCCGAAAAGGAGCGGAUCAUGAAUGAGGAAGACCCUGAGAAGCAGCGCAGGCUGGAGGAAGCUGCUUUGAGGAGAGAACAAAAGAAGCUGGAGAAGAAGCAGAUGAAAAUGAAGCAAAUCAAAGUGAAAGCCAUGUAAAGUCAUCCCAGAGGUCUGCGUCCACAGGAAACGGGAAAAGCACGAGUCCGUUUCUCCCCUAAAGUCAACAUAUUCCUGGUGACUGAGAAAUCCUUAUUCCACCCUCCCCUCUUCUCUCGGUUUGGAGUUCUACAGAGGUUACAGAUACAUUGAAAGGGCUCUUUCAGUUAUUUCCUUCCAGAUAAUCAAAUUAGUUUAUUUUAUAAAAGGAUGGUAUAUAAAGUAUGUGUAGUUUUAAAAUAUUUUUAAAUUAUAACAUGAAUUAUCAGUGCUUUACUUUGGUGUUUGAAGAACAAUCAUGGAAUUUAUAGACAGAUUUUUUUUUUUUAAACUGGGCAAUUGGAAUAACUGUGGAGACUGACUCUAAACCAAGAUCCCAAGAAUUUCUAUUGGAGUUGCACAAUAAACAUUGCUUGGUGUUUUUCCUGUGUCCACAUUACAGUUGUGAAAACAGUGGAAUUUAGAGCACUGUAUGUGGUGAUGCAUUUCAGAGACUUAGAACAUAGUGCAGUGUGUAUUUCGUGUGUGGGCCGUGCUAAGACAGUAUUAUAGGAGGAAAUCUAGAGGUGUCAUAGAAGAUUCUAGAGGUGGGUAGUACAGGAGCAGUUUCUCCUUGCCUUGUACUAUGAGCUAAUGACAGUGAGAGCACUGAAUUUGGAGUAGUUUUGUUUUUCCUGAGGAAGAUGCAUGAGAAGUGAGCUGCUUCCCUUAGCUCAGAUCACUGCUCUGUGAGGUCACAGUGCUUUUCAUGGUGGCUGCAACCUGUUGGGUCUUCACGGAGAAGCUGCUGUCUGUCUUCUGCGUGCUCCUUUCUUCUCUCUCCACUUCUGUCUUGCCCACAGUUGAGGCCGGUACGUGCUUUUAGAAACACAGCCAUUGGUGUGCAUAAAUAUGCUUUCCAAACGUGAGCCUUCUUAAAUGCGACAAGAGUUUUGUCUGCCUCUUGAGGUGGAAGCUUUUGUGGGGAGAGGCCCUCAUCUGCAUAAGCAUUUGGCUUGUUGAGAUCUCUGCAUUUUAUAAAUGCUUCCUACUGAGAAAGCAUUUUUUUUUUUAAGUCACUGUUUGUACCAGGUAAUUUUUGCUGGGAUGGGAAAGAGUUGUUUUUUGCGGGGUGGUGGGUUUUUGUUGAUGCUUUCUGUGUUCUGAGGCAGUAACUGAGUUGCAGUGAAAACCGUGUGAGCUGUUGCCUUGGGGAUUAUAUGGAGUUCUCAUGUGACUUUGUCUAGGUUAAUAGAAAUGUGUGCACUGGGUAUGCAGGUGUAUGCUUUUUUAACAGUUCACAAGAUUAAGUUAUUAAGAAUAACAAAAUUGAAUCACUUUAAGGCCAUAUGAUUCUAGACUUAACAUUGUUUUACAAACCUUUAAGAUACAUUUUAGAAUCAAAAUUUAUGUGCUUAGUUAUCUUUUUGAGUAAUAUAAGCUUUCUUAAAGUCCCACAAAUUCGGACUGUGGCAGCUAAUUUUGUAAUUUAAGCAUUCAUAUGAACUACCUAUGACAUAUAUUAAAAACUGAUUGACAGAA